AUGGGCAACUCCAGCACCAAGAUAGACGGCUCCAAGCUGACCGGCAUGCACAAGGCUGCGUACGAGGGCUCUGUGGUGGGCGUGUCGCGGGCGCUCGACAAGCGUUCCGACGGCAUCGACGAGUACGACGACCACGGCCGGACGCCUGUCCACUGGGCCGCACUGAGCGGUCACUUGGACGUGGUCAUGUUCCUUGCUUCACGCGGCGCCUCACUCGGCGCCCACGACAGGCCAGCUCGCUCCACUCCGCUGCAUAUUGCCGUUUCGCUCGGCCAUGCCCACAUUGUCGAGUGGCUCCUCGCCAUGCCGCGGCUUGAGCUCAAUGCAUUGCCGGCGCAGGAUGCGGAUGACAACACGGCAGCGCCAAGUGACGAGAAAAGCCGUGAUCUAGCCCCGUUUUCGCUUGCUGCUCGCGAUGCAGACGACCAGACUGCGGUUCACUUUGCUGCCUACGAGGGCUCUAUUGACAUGGCACGCCUCCUGCUCGACGCCGGCGCCGAGCUCGAUCCGGUCGACACCGAGGGGCGGACGCCGCUGAUGUGGGGCGUUUUUAAUGGGCAUGUUGACUUUGUGCUCGAGCUAGCGUCAGCAGGCGCAGACAUCAACAAUCAGGACAGACUCGGGCGGACACCACUCAUCUAUGCAGCACACCGCGGCCACCCCGAUGUACUCGAGGCGCUGCUCGAUGCGGGCGCCGACCCGUUCGUUGUUGAUGAUCAGGGCCAGUCACCGCUUGACCACGCACUGUAUUCAGACUCGAGAACAUGCAUCAAGAUUCUCAAGCACAUAUUUCGCAACACAGGCUCGUCUCCCGGUCCUCGGCAAGCUGUCGCAGCUGAAGUCACCCCUGCCGACGCCGCCGCGCUACUUCACAGACUCAAGGCAACUGAACAGGCGCUCCAGUGCGCCGAGAGCGAGCUGCUCCGGGUCCGCGAGGCUGAGGCAGCUGGUGUUGGUCCGCCACCGACUGUCACCGCUCCGCGGGCAAGCACACCACCGACACCGCCAAACAAGUUCAUGAAGCAGCGGGUCCUUGACCUUUCGGUCGAGGUCCGUGAGCUCACCACUGAGCUCCGCGAACUCCGCGCGGUGCACCAAGCGGAUUGCGCUCGCAUCCGCGACCUGGAGCUGGCGCUCGAGUUGCAGCGCGACGCCGAGCGGCUUGCGGCGCUCGGGUUAGAGGUUCCGGACAUGGGCAACUUUAUCCUCGAUGACGACGUGGAUCACUUUGUCAACGCGGCGUUUGAUCCCGAGUACCGGGUGGCAGCAUGGGCGCCAGAAGGGGAUGCAUGAGCACACACACACACACACACACACACACACACACACACACACACACACACGACGACGAGUAGCCGCUACGACCCGGCCGGCGACAACGAGUCGCUGCCUGCACCACGCCGAGUGGUGCCGAGCGAGUCGCGCUUACGGCGCAGGCGCUGGCGUGUUUGCAGCAGCGCCAGCUCGCUCUCGCGAUCCUUGACGGCUUGGUACGCAUUGUCGUGCUCGCGGGCCUUGGCGACGGCAUAAAACGCAACCGCAAGCGCAAA